UCGCCGGCGGCCGCCCGCUGCACCGGGUCCUCCGUGUAGCUGCCCGGGGCCAAGACCCCGCGACGCGGACCCGCGAUGGCCAAGCGCAGCUCGCUCUCCAUCCGCAUCGUGGAGGGGAAGAACCUGCCUGCCAAGGACAUCACCGGCAGCAGUGACCCCUACUGCAUUGUGAAGGUGGACAAUGAGCCCAUUAUCAGGACUGCCACGGUGUGGAAGACCCUGUGCCCCUUCUGGGGUGAGGAGUAUCAAGUGCACCUGCCCCCCACCUUCCACUCUGUGGCCUUCUAUGUCAUGGACGAGGAUGCCCUCAGCCGGGAUGAUGUUAUCGGGAAGGUCUGCCUGACGCGGGACACUCUGGCUGCCCACCCUAAGGGUUUCAGUGGGUGGGCCCACCUGACGGAGGUGGACCCCGAUGAGGAGGUGCAGGGAGAGAUCCACCUGCGGCUGGAAGUGGUGUCUGGGACUGGGACCCGCCGGCUGCGCUGCUCUGUACUGGAGGCCAGGGACCUGGCCCCGAAGGACCGGAAUGGCGCAUCUGACCCGUUUGUCCGAGUGCACUACAAUGGCCGGACACAGGAGACCUCGAUCGUGAAAAAAUCAUGCUAUCCACGCUGGAACGAGACGUUCGAAUUUGAGCUGGAGGAGGGGGCCACGGAGGCCCUCUGUGUGGAGGCCUGGGACUGGGACCUUGUCAGCCGCAACGAUUUCCUGGGCAAAGUAGUGUUCAAUGUCCCGGGGCUGUGGGCGGCCCAGCAGGAGGAGGGCUGGUUCCGGCUGCAGCCUGACAAAUCCAAGAGUCAGAUGGAUAAGGGCAACCUGGGCUCCUUGCAGCUAGAGGUCUGCCUGCGGGAUGAGACAGUGCUGUCCUCCAGCUGCUACCAGCCCCUGGUGCAGCUGCUGUGCCAGGAGGUGAAGCUGGGAACCCAGGGCUCAGGGCAGCUGAUUGCACUCAUUGAGGAGACCACCAGCACCGAGUGCCGCCAGGAGGUGGCCACCAAUCUGCUCAAGCUCUUCCUGGGGCAGGGGCUGGCCAAGGACUUUCUGGACCUGCUCUUCCAGCUGGAGCUGGGUCGCACCAGUGAGGCCAACACUCUGUUCCGGAGUAACUCUCUGGCCUCAAAGUCCAUGGAGUCUUUUCUGAAGGUGGCUGGGAUGCGGUAUUUGCAUGGCGUCCUGGGUCCCAUCAUUGACAGAGUUUUUGAGGAGAAGAAGUACGUGGAAUUGGACCCGAGCAAAGUGGAGGUCAAGGAUGUGGGUCCCUGUCCGCGCCGUGUGUGCUUAGCGCCCCUCUCUCUGCGGGUCCGCCCGGGUCCACGCAGGUGCUCGGGGCUGCACCGCCCACAGACCGAGGCCGAGGUGCUGGAGCAGAGUGCCCAGACACUGCGCUCCCACCUGGGGGCGCUGCUGAGCGCGCUCAGUCGCUCGGUGCGCGCCUGCCCCGCCGUGGUCCGCGCCACCUUUCGGCAGCUCUUCCGGCGCGUGCGCGAGCGCUUCCCCAGUGCCCAGCACGAGAACGUGCCGUUCAUCGCAGUCACCAGUUUUCUGUGCCUGCGCUUCUUGUCUCCUGCCAUCAUGGCGCCCAAGCUCUUCUACCUGCGAGAACAACACGCAGACGCCCGCACCAGCCGCACCCUGCUCCUGUUGGCUAAGGCAGUGCAGAAUGUGGGUAACAUGGAUACGCCGGCGUCCAGGGCUAAGGAGGCAUGGAUGGAGCCCCUGCAGUCCACUGUGCACCAGGGUGUGGCCCAACUAAAGGACUUCAUCACCAAGCUGGUGAACAUUGAGGAGAAAGAAGAGCUGGACCUGCAGCGGACGCUGAGCUUACAGGCACCGCCGGUGAAGGAGGGGCCACUCUUCAUCCACAGGACCAAGGGCAAGGGCCCCCUCAUGUCCUCCUCCUUCAAAAAGCUCCAUUUCUCCCUCACCACCGAGGCCCUGAGCUUCGCCAAGACGCCCAGCUCCAAGAAAAGCUCCCUCAUCAAGCUGGCCAACAUCCGGGCAGCAGAAAAGGUGGAGGAGAAGAGCUUCGGUAGCUCCCGUGUCAUGCAGAUCAUCUACACGGACGACGUGGGCCGGCCCCAGACCGCCUACCUGCAGUGCAAGUGCAUGAACGAGCUGAACCAAUGGCUGUCUGCACUGCGGAAAGUGAGCAUGAACAACACUGGCCUGCUGGGCUCCUACCACCCUGGCGUCUUCCGUGGGGACAGGUGGAGCUGCUGCCACCAGAAGGACAAGACAGAUGUGGGCUGUGAUAAGACCCGGUCACGGGUGACUCUGCAGGAGUGGAAUGACCCUCUUGACCACGACCUGGAGGCCCAGCUCAUCUACCGGUACCUGCUAGGUGUGGAGGCCACACUUCGGGAGAAGCACCGGGAGCUGAGGGGUGCCACAGAGGCAGGCACUGCGCUUGAAGGCCCUGGCCUAGCUGUCUGCUCCCCAGCCCCUGAGGACGGACUCGCCCAGCUGUUCCAGGUGCUGCAGGACCUCAAGAAGGCCCACAGCGUCAGCCCUGCUGCCGCCCCAGCCUCGGAGCACAGAAACCUUCUGGAGCUGCAGACGUGAGGCCCAUGGCACCCUUGCCACACUGCCAGAUGCUGGGAGACCUGCACGCUUUCAGCCCUUCACCCCAGCCCCCUCACUAGGGUGCCGGGCUGGGGGUCUCUUGGACGGAGGGGGUAGGGAGAUCCAGAAGUCCAGAAUGGGCAAGGCUUUGGGCCAUUAUCACCGACCUGAAGUCUCCUGGGGAUUUAGGGCCCCUGCUGUCUGUGAAGCCGGGCCACUCCCUGCAGCCCUUGCACCCCUGCCACUAGCCCAGACUCCUGAGGGGCUUUCGCUUCUGCCCGGGACAGACCCGGCAGAAGCACACCUAGGGAAUCAGGGCUGAGGCUCUGUGAGCCCAGGUUGGGAGAGGAUACCCUCCCCUACACCCCACACCCCCACUCAUGAGAUUUAGUCUCCUGGGGCCCAGGAGACCACCCUCGAGCCUCAGUGCCCCCUCGCUCCUGGCCCUUACCCACCCAUUACACUCGUGAGUUGGGAGGAGCACCACGGUGCUCUGUGGCUGACAAUAAACCUGCUGUGACUGCUUUG